CGCCUUCGCCCCGCAGGGCCCCGGCCGCCGCUGCCCGGCGCCCGCCGCCCUCACCUGGCCGCGCUCCCGCCCCGCGUCCAGCCCCUCCCCGCACCUGCCCCCCGCCCCGAACCCGGCUCGCCGCGGGCCCGGCGGGUCUCUCAGCAGCUGCAGCAGAGCCGCAGCCGCCCGCCAGCUCCCCCUCCCAGAACUGGUGGCAGGGGUAGGGGUGGGUUCCUGCUCCGGUCGAGGUGAUUUGGGGUAGUAUUUUUUUUUUUUUUUUUUUAAUUUGUUAAAUGUGUGUCCCGAGUUUAUCGCCUGGAAACUACAGUUUUCCCUCUCUGCACCCCCGCCCAGAAACCUGCGCAGGGAUCCCGGGUUUAUUUAUGCUACUACAGCCUUUCAUUCAUUUCCAGAUCCCUGGUGUGGGGCUGCAGAGGACUAGCAGGAGCAGAAAUAGUUUGCUCCUUUAUUGACCUUCUGCCUCCCUCCCCCGGAUCCAAGAGUGAUUUUGAGAAAAUGGCUCACGGAUGGCAGCAGUUUGCGCUUGUUACCAUUCGCUGUAAUAAAUAGGUCGCUGGAUUUUAAGUGGGGAGUCCAUUUAAAGUUGUGGUUUCUCAAGCUAUAUUUGGGUCACAUCUUAAAAUCCCUUGUGAGUCAGUCAGUGGAGGAUGUCUGUAUCUCUAGGGCUGAGAGAACCUGACCGGUUAUUACUCGAAAAUAUUGCAGCAUAGCAGUCCAUAAAAGUACAAGGGGGGGGGGCGGGGAAUCAAGGUCAUUGUGGGUGGGUCAUAAAUCAUAGUGUAAAGUUACAGCCUGAAAGACGACUGAGGAUAAUUAAGCACAAGUUGUGUCAAAUGGAUCCUCAGCCUAGGAUGCUAAUAUGUAACCUUUAAAAAGAAUUCACCAACUUCCUUGUGGUAGUAAUAAUAAUAAUAACAACGAAUAAUAAUAGUUAUCAUUUGAUGACCGCCUGGUAUGUGCUGUCCCUGGCUUUUUUGUGUAAUGUCUUGUUAAAUCCUUCCAUUUCGUUAGAUUUUACAGAUGAAGUCCAGAGCGGUGUUUUAUUUUGCUUUAGUUGUGCAACCUCUUAAUGGCCAAAAAGAUUUUUGAAGAAGAGAUGAGGUGAGAAAUCAAUGGGAAGGAAAGAACUAAAUGAGAUUUAGUGUAGUGGAAAGAAAAACGACAUUCUAGUCCCAUUGCUUGUCACAAUCUAGCUCUGGGGUCAUGGAUAGGCCAGUGACCCAUGCUGUUUUCUCAGCUAUACAACUAAGGAGUUAGGCUAAAUUCUUUAAGGCUUAUUUUAGCUUUCCCAUACUACUUGGCAUAUGCUACGUUUGUAAUUAAUUUAAAACCCUUUAACAUGCAUGUUAAAAGCACAUUUUAAGCAUAUACCUGAAGAAGUAUAGGUAAAAUUAUAUCAAAAUAUAACUAAAUAUAUAUUUCCAUACUUUUGGAAUAGUACGUGGCCUAGUUCUAGAAUUCCUCAUUGGGGAUGUAAAACAAUGGGAUUAUAUCAGGUCCCUUCUGUUAAACGUAACAUACUUUAGAAGCUAUAAUUGGAAUAAAUGAAACAGAGCGUAUUUUAAAUGAUGGUAACUGUCACACUGCCUAUCUCUGGGGUAUUUUAUUUAAUAAAAUAAAUGCAUUUUAAGAUGCAUCCAAGUAACCACCGGCAUAACAGGUAGAUUCUAAAGAAGUAAUAAUCAGUGAAUCACAAACUUUUUACUGAUUUGCCCACUGCCCGAUUUCUGUAACUCAUAGGGAUUGAUUCCGAACCUCUGGAUGAGUGCGUGGAUAACAUAACGUCACGUGUUAGUGAAGAAACUAAUUGAGAAGUCUAGUAUUGUCUCCAUGGAGCUUUUUUCUGGGAUCGAAAUGGAGUGUGAGUCAAUACAGCCUUUUUCAGCGUAGAACGCUUCAUAGUCGUAUCAGUAUUAACAGGCAUAACAGGGAAGGCGGAGGAAAAGCCAUUUUUAUUACCGGGGACUUGUUCCCCAAGCUCAGUUUUACUUUAUAUUAAGGCAUAAAGGAAUUUUAUAUUGCGUUAGUAAAACAUUAGGGCUCAGAUUCAGUUUUUCGAGUGCACUAAAUAUAAAUGGCAUUUUAACAUCCAGUAGAAUAAUUAGUGCAUUUAUGCUUCUUAUUGAAGUUGAAAAUAUUUGAACUGUUUUGAAUCCGUGAAAAACACAGGUAAAAGACAAGAAAAGGUGGAAAACCCCCAGUUUUUCUUGUAGGCGGCAUAGUGACUUUUUUGGUUCAGCAUCUUGGGUAAAUUGAAUAAACCUAGUUAUUCACAGAUGUGCAUACUCUCUCUGCACUGCUCUCUCUGGGUGUUAUCUCCCCCAAAAUACGUUAGUGUGAUGGUAGUUUAUUUACUUCUCUCCCUCUUUUGAUGUACCCUAGGAAAAAGAUGGGACUUUUCCAAAGUUUGUCGUUGGCCUUUUAGGUCUCCCAUUUGUGCUUUUUCCCUCGGGUAGAUUAACCUCAUUUAAGAGCCUGAGCAGAUAUCUGCUCUCUCCAUCUACCUGUUACCGCUUCCUCAAAAGGGCAGGUUAGGUAAAAUUAGUAUUUUACCACUCACUGAUUAAUUUUAUUGUAGUUAUAACUCAACACGCUCCGUGUGAUCUCAACCAGGCUUCUGAUUUUAAGCCUUUUAUCCCAUAAUUAUGGAAUGAAACCUAACCUACUGCAGGGUGUUCAGCUUCAAGCAAGUCAGGAGUGAUUUUUUUUUUUUUUCUCGUUUAGUGUUGUUAUUUAUUUAUUUUUUUUAGUUUUGAGAGAGAGAAAAAGCGUGAGUGGGGGAGGGGCAUAGAGAGAGGAGAGAGAGCGAGAAUCCCAAGCAGGCUCCCCAUCAGCAGUGAAGAACCUGAUGUUGAGCUUAAACUCACAAACUGUGAGAUUACGACCUGAGCCAAAGUUGGACACUUGACGAACUGAGCCACCCAGGCACUUGGUCUUUUAGUGUUAUUCUUAAACUGAGCCUGCUUUGGUAAAGCUUGGUGUGAAAGACCUCUGAUUUAGGGUUUUUUGUUUUUUUAUCUUUUCAACCUAUCUUGGUGUAGUGGGUGCUAGGGGUAAGUAGCUAGUUUCCCUUCCCCCUUGGAAGAACUUGCCAGGUUCAUUUCUGGCUUUUACUGUAUCCGAAGGGUUUCCUUGUGCCAUGUUUGGAGCCAAAGCUUAUCUGUUGUCUUCCGUCCCUGCUCUGCAUUCAACUCCAAUUCUUUUCUUGUCUUUCCUGACCCUCUCCCGCAUCCCUGCCUUCCUACGUGAAGAUUCCCAUGCCGACAUUUUGUACUGACUGAAGCAACGUUUGGUCUCUUUAAUUCGUAUCGUCCACACCUUCCGAGCUAUUUGUACUUUCUGUUAGGAGAUUCUGAUGAAGUGUGUCCCUGUAGUGCAGUAUUUUUAAUAGAGAUAUUAACUUACCUUUAUUUCUCACUCAUGAAGCAGGUACACAGAGGAGUAAUGGCUCAUGUUCAGUUUUGCCUAGAAUGGAGUGAUUUGAAGACUUGUUCUAGAAGCGGGUUCGUGAGACCACUGGUGGCGCAAAUGUGUUCUACUUUGACACCUCUGCCCACCACAUUUUCACAGAGUCUUCUUGGAGAACUCAGCGUUGAGUCAAAGUUCCCGACUUCACUAACUCAUUCUUCACCAAUUCCUGAAAUUGGGUCCUGAUUUGCUCCCAUGUUUCCGUCCUUAACUUACCAGCCCAAAGAGAUUGGGUUUACAGGUUUUAGUUCAGUCUCUCUGUUUGAGAUCAGAUCUCUGUUUUUGGUUUUCUGCUUGAAGAGACCUCAUGCCAACAUGUGGAAAGAAAACUUCUCUCUAUGCUUCUAGUACGAUACCAGCUGAGCGGCUGGGUCUCCUGAGAUUUCUCAUCUUUGACAAGUGUUCCCAGAUGUUAGCUUUAGAGGAAGUAGAGCUGGGGCGUGGUUAAGUUGUAUCACGACUCGAUGUUUAAAAAUGGGGACCCAGAAACAUCUGGAGUUUACAAGACUAGAAGUAAAACUUCUUUUUGUCUCUCUUCCUCUCCUAUCCCCACUCCCCUUUCAAGUGACUAUUUUGAGAGUUCCUUAUCAGUUGUCAGGCAGUUUCUCGUUUAAGCGUGAUGACAAUUCCAGGAGUUAUUUUUAUCACCAUUUUACAGAUGGCUAAACUGAAGCUUGAGAAGAAACUGCAGCCUGGAGAGCUAAUGAGCUGUGUGAGAAUUUGAAUGUGGCUCUCUUUUUCGUAUCCCCACAGGGUUAAUUUCCUACUCUGUUGGAAUAAACUGAAUACCUAUGUGUAUUUAAAAACUUGAAUUACAUCGUUGGCUAAUUGUUAGAGACAGCUAUAGUCUGAUAGUCUAGGUAGAAUUAUUUAAUGUGGCCAAUUUUCAGAGUAGAUAACAUCAGAAGUUAAAUGUCUGUAUAAAUACGUUUAAAAGUAUAUAGUUGUAACUUUAUUUUCAGAAGCAGUUACAAGUUUAGGGGUGCCUGGGUGGCUCAGUCCGUUAAGCGUCUAACUUCGGCUCAGGUCAUGAUCUCACGGUUGGUGGAUUCGAGCCCCGCAUCAGGCACUGUGCUGACAGCUCAGAGCCUGGAGCCUGCUUCAGAUUCUGUGUCUCCUUCUCUCUGUACCUCCCCUGCUUGCACUCUGCCUCUGUCUCUCUCAAAAAUACAUAGACAUUAAAAGAUGUUUUUAAAUAAAAAUUAAAAAAAAAGCAAUUAUAAGUUUAAAUUUUAUACUUUCACAUAUUAACCAUCUCUCUUGGGAACUUUCUGUGGGAAGUUUUAUUGUAUUCUUUUAGAAAUAGCAAUGUUAAAAAUAUUUAAUGACCCUUUAUAGUUAUGAAGCUUUGGUACGUUCUUUGUUACCCCAAAAUUACCUGAAGUUUUAAGCCUCGCAUUGUUUCUGUCCCACUUAGGUGAGAUUUGAUUCCGUGAUGUCGGUGAGACUGUUGAAUUAGAUAAAAUGUUUAUCCCAUUUGGAUGCUAUCUCUGGCUGCAGGGUGGCUGUAAUAACUGUAAAUGUAGGAGGUGUCCUGGAGUCUAAGCCAGUGAAUGACUGCGGUUUGACUCAUAGACGGUUGACUUGUGCUAUUACCUAAUAAUACUGACAGGAAGUGCUGUUUUGCUGAAACAUUAGGAAGCCACCCUAGAAUCCGAGCCAUAGCAGCAUUAUUGACUUAGGCCAUGUUUCAGAACAUUUUGUUGUGCCACAUUUAAUUCUGGGUGAGAUUUUUCUCUAGAGGAAGAUGAAUACGUCCAUUUGCUCUUAGAGUAGCAGCUCCUCUACUUUGUCAUUCCAUAUUUUGUCUCUAAAAAUCAAAGGUGCAGGCAAGGAAACCAUUCUUAGCUUAGUUCAGAAAGUUAGAGUAGAAACAAAUUAUAUCUGACCAUCUGACAGUCAUGGACCACAGAGUCAUUGAUGCUGGGAGAAAAUACAGCUACAAAAAUCUAUACAGGGAAUGGAAAUGAUAAUGAUUUUGGUGUAUUUUUCACAUCCUCAGUAUGUAACAGUUUCCUUUUGCUUUGGUAAGCAGUAUGCUUAACAAACUUGUAACUUGUUUAUUUCCUGUCUUGGAGAAUGGUACCACCCUUUACAUAGUCCCUAAGCGGAAAACUUGGGAGCCAUCCUACAGUCUGCCCUUUGAUUCCAAUUGAUCACCAAGUUCUUUCAGUUUUACUUAUUAAAUUUUUUUAAGUUUAUUUAUUUUGAGAGAGAGAGAGAGAACAUGCGAGCAGGGGAGGGGCAGAGAGGGAGAGAGAGAAUCUCAAGCAGUCCCUGCUCUGUCAGCACAGAGCCUGACGCGGGGCUCGAUCUCACGAAUCAUGGGAUCAGGACCUGAGCCAAGAUCAAGAGUUGGCUGCGUAACCAACUGAGCCACCCAGGUGCCCUAGUUUUACUCGUUAAAUUCUUAAUCUGCCCUUUUUCACAUGCCCCCUGUCUUAAGUGUUCCUUCUUCACCCCCUCCUCUCCGCACCCCCCUUCUAAGUAACUGCUGUUGUGGCCUUAUCAUGUACCCUCCUUUCUCACCUGGGUGACCAGUAGCUUAUUUUAUAUAGUCAGUUUUGGAGCACUAUCCAUCCGCCCAAGUCCAUUCUUCAUAGCAUGGCUGUUCUUUCCAAGGUGCAGACUUUAUCAUGGUAUUCUUCUCCCUGAAAUCCUACAGUGAUUUCCCACUCUGCUAAGUGCAAAGUCCAGACUCAUUGGCAUAGUUUAACAGUGUUUUUCACUGAGAUCACUCGUUUCUUGUGGGUCAUGAAAUCACUUGAGUGGGCUGUGACUAGAAUUAUGUAUGUAUUUAAAAUGAACUAGAAUAAAAUAGAAGAACAGUAUCGGAGUACAUCACGUAUAUUAAAUAGACUUUUUCAAUCAUGUAUUUCAUAUAAUCAGAGUGUCAAACAUUUAUAUUUCUGUGUGUACUGAUGUUGUAAUGAAAUAUAUUUCUUGGAGUUGAGUGUGCUCAGAAGGUUAAACGUGUUUUACAUCAUUCUUCUAUGUGCAAUGACCAGGCAUUUCACUUUACUAAGGUUUUCUCUGCCUGCUUUUGUACUUUUGCUUCUUUUGCUCCCGUGGUCAGAAGAGCCUCCGUUCUUUGACGAGCUAAGUCACAGGUUUACUCUCUCCAGAAACCUUUUCCUGAUGGCAACUUACCAUGAGAAAUGCAUUCUGUAUUGCCACCUUGUAUGCACGUAAAUACUCGCACAACUGAAAAAAGUUCCAUGAGCCAAUACCCAUCUUCUGUGAGAUGCAUUCUUGCCCUCUUGCCCCCUAUCUUAUGUUGUCUUACAUGGUAUCGAUCUUGUCUGUUUACUAGUCCGUCUCCAUUGAGGAUGGGGCCCAUCUCUUUUUUAUCUGUAUCCAGUGCAGAGGCAUAAUGUAUAGUCAAUAGAUGUUAAUUGAAUUAGUGAAAUACUGAAUUGGUGUAUGUAUAUUAUCUAGAACUCUCUACAGUAUUAUUAUUUAAGCUUGAACUAUAGAAGCUAACUUUUAUGGUUGAUUCUCUUAACGGUUCAUUAUAGGAGGAUAACUUUUCCUUACAGCAUUUUAAACUAAAACUUGCUUCUAUUUUAAACUCUUCAUUUUAUGUUUAUCAGUUGCAAUUGGAUAGUUCUAGCCUCACAUCUUGAUAGACAUUACAUUGCAUCUUGUCUCAUGAGUGAUCUCAGAAUCUGUUGUCAUUUUGUGCUUUGUGGUCAAGAGUUUGAUGAAGCCCAAAUGUUGGGCACAGGAUACUAAUUUGAUUUUAUGGGAACUGGGUGGUUUCAAAAGAGAGAACUUUCAUGUAUGAUGGAAAUCAAGUGCAGAUUUUGGGGGGGAUGGGGUGGGAAAUGAAAACAAAGUCAGGUGAAAUGGAGUUCUCUUACUUCUGACUUUAAAACCUUUGUAAUUGACAUUUUCACAGUCAGAAUAUUUUAGCGGCUUAUAAUUUUUAUCUUUUGUGAGAGAUCAUUAUUUGUUAAAUCAUUAAUAGAUUCUCAUGGAGAACGGUUAUUGAGGAGAGAUCCAUUUGUUGGGAUGUAAUUAACAAAAGAAUGAAUCAAGAUAAAACCUCUAAAUGCAAGUACCAGAAAAAUUACAACACGUCUUGGUGAAUUUCCAAUUGCUUUCUUUAUUUUUCAGUUGGUGGAAAAGAAUUUAUAAGUACAUAUGUUUAUUAAUAAACUUAGAAGAACCCAUAAUCCAUACAUAGAAAGUGAGAGCUUUCUUCUCACUACUGUGUCCUUCGUAAGCCCAGUGAUAACCACUCGUGUUAACAGGGUCGUCUUCCUUGUGGGUUGGCAGGCAGUUGUAGGACUGCAAAAUGGGUCUUCGGAUUCACUUUGUUGUUGACCCACAUGGUUGGUGCUGCAUGGGUUUGAUUGUCUUUGUCUGGUUAUACAAUAUUGUCUUAAUUCCCAAAAUUGUCCUCUUUCCUCACUAUGAAGAAGGACAUAUUCCAGGCAUAUUAAUAAUAAUAUUCUAUGGCAUUGCCAUAUUUUGUCUGGUUGCUUUAGUGAGGGCCUCAAUAACUGACCCAGGAAGACUCCCUGAGAACCCUAAGAUUCCACAUGGAGAACGGGAGUUCUGGGAAUUAUGUAACAAAUGUAAUUUGAUGAGACCAAAGCGAUCCCAUCACUGUAGCCGCUGUGGCCACUGCGUGAGGAGAAUGGAUCAUCACUGUCCGUGGAUUAACAAUUGUGUUGGCGAAGAUAAUCAUUGGCUUUUUCUGCAGUUGUGUUUCUACACAGAACUUCUUACUUCCUACGCACUGAUGUUUUCUUUCUGCCACUAUUAUUACUUUCUUCCACUAAAAAAGCGUAACUUGGACCUCUUUGUGGUUAGGCAUGAAUUGGCCAUAAUGAGACUAGCUGCCUUUAUGGGCAUUACUAUGUUAGUUGGAAUAACUGGACUUUUUUAUACUCAACUAAUUGGCAUCAUCACAGAUACAACAUCUAUUGAAAAGAUGUCAAACUGUUGUGAAGAAAUAUCGAGGCCCCGAAAGCCAUGGCAGCAGACCUUCUCAGAAGUUUUUGGCACUCGUUGGAAGAUCCUGUGGUUUAUUCCUUUCAGGCAGAGGCAACCACUGCGAGUUCCCUACCACUUUGCCAAUCACGUCUAAACAGAUGGAUGGUGGGCACAGAUGGGUCCUCCAUGCUGGAAAUGCGUUACAGGUUUUCUGAUAAUAGAACUAUGACAGUCUUCAAGUCAAUUAAAAUCCACCCACCAAUCUUAGGCGUCAUAAUGUGCCCCAGGCUUUAUUUUAAUAGUGAUCUUGAAUCCUGUUGUGGGACUAAUACAAGAUCUAUAUUUAAGUUUUAAAGCAUGUUUACUUUCAAAUUAGCUUUCCACGGGGAUUUCUUGAAAUGCUUUUGUUAUUAAACCCAAAAGGCAGUGAUUGAGAUAAAAUAAUUGUACAUAAUUUUUUUUCUUUUUUUUUAGUACUGACAAUGUUGCCGAUUUUAAUUUAUGGGAAAUUUCAGAUGUUUAUUUAAAUUUUUCACUCUCAAACAGUACUAACCAAAUCUGAAUUUAAUUCUUCAGGUUUAUAAAAGUUGAUACACCUUAUAGUAUAUGCAAAUUUUCUUUUUCAAAUGCAUAAUAAUUUAAAUAAUACUGCCUUUUUUAUAUGCUGCAGGAUUUUUUUUUAAUGCAGCAUAGAAUCGAACAAUAAAACAACAACAGAAAAAGGGCAGUGUUUUCUUAGAAGUAGCUUUCUAAUGUUUUCUGUUUUUCUCUUCACCAAAAGCAAAAUAAAAACGCCACUAAAAUAAAACACCCAACUACCUACCUUGUUUUUAAGGCAAGAUUAAUUUUUUUUCCAUAUUAACUUUUCCAUUUCUUUUCCCUAUACUGAUGUAAUUGUUGGUUGUUGUUCAAAUAAUUACUCCAAGGUGAAAUUUUUGACCAAGCGGGCAUGUAUAUUCUAUUUUACCCUAAGAUUUUGAUGAGCAAAAGGGUAGAGAAUUUGCAAUAAUUCCACAGACACCUUUUCUAGUACGGUUAUAUUACAAUGCGUAUGUUUUUAAAGUGCUAGUAUAACUAGAUAAUAUAUAAUGUACAGUAUAAAGAGGAAUAUUGUGCUUUUGAAAAACAAAUAUAUACUUUUUACUUUUACUUACCUACUAGUAGAUCUAAAAUGACACACUCAAGGUUUGUAUGUAAUAGAUAUUGGCCAACUAAGAAUGAAAUCUUCGUUAUAGGAAGUUGCUAGUAAAAGUAAGUUAAUUUUUGUGCACCUGUAAUCACCCAAAUUGCAAUUGGCCAACUAUAAGUUUGGAUUGAGAGACCUUUUGUACUUAGUACCUAAUGUUAGGAAAUGACCUUAAAAUAAGAAAACGUAAUGAUCUACAUGAUUAGCUUCUACAAAUUUAAAUUGCUAAUGGUGAUGGUCUCUUGGAGAGCAUAGAUUUGUGUGAAAAGACAUUUUAGCAUGCUUUGAGAAAAAUUCAGCUUUUACACUUUUUUCCAUUAGAAUACUGCAAAAUCCAUAUAUCCUUGUCAACAAUUUAUGUCCUCACAGUCUUUCCCUUGAAGAGAAGAUUAAAGGGGUCCGCUGUUCUUGGAACAUACCAGUAUUUUCCUUUUAGUUAGUGUUGAGAGGAAGGAGUCAAACCUGAGAAAUCAUGAAACAGAAGAUUUCCAUUGUCAGCCAGUGAACUCUACUGUAGUUAGUUCUUUCAGGAAUUGUAAAUAUCUUCUAAAAUAACUGAAUAAGCUGUUCUCAGAGAUACAAAUACCAUGUCUUUCAUGUUCUGACUACAGUGCUUUAUUAUUUAAAAAUUUGGAAAUGGCAGAUGAAAAUAUUUAUUGGUGCUGAUAAGAUGCAUAGUAAAUGUAAUAUGAGGAGUAUAUUUAUAGAGCUUAGUGAACCACAAAAUUGGUAUGUUUGUUUGUGUCCGGCACCUGGGUUGGGUUUUGUGCAAGCUAACAUAGUGACCACGUUUGGUCUGUUGACAGAACUGUUAAAGGGAAGUAACGUGUAGAUAUGUAGAUAUAUAUCAGUCAAAUGCCUCAUGCUGUGUACAUUUCUGUCAAAUGAGAACCUUGAGAAAAAACGUAGCCAACUGUAGACCCGCUAAAGAGCUUUAUGGAUGUAUUUACGCUUCACGUAGUAGCAGUAGCUGCCUUGAAAGGUAUAUACCUGGGAGAUCCCCAUUGCCGAUCUCUGUCUCAGUAAUGGGAGCCAGAGAUGGUCCUUUCCCUGCCCUGAGGGUUUUUGUUUUUCUUAGAUUUACCACUUCUGGGCACAUUUUCCUCCCUCUUUUCUCUUUUAACCUCCCUGUCCUGUUCCCUCUACCUGAUUGCUCACAGUCAUUGGGGUACAAACUGAUACACUAGGCAAGGCAUAUAUUUAUUUUGUUUGAAUGGCAGAAAUGCUACGUAUCAAUCUAUAUAAGAAUCUAUAUUAAAGCCUAUCUGUAUACACUUUUGCUGUAAUUUUCAGUGUGCUCAAGUCAGCACACCUAACUGUGUUUACAACUCUCGAGCGAUGACUUGAAAGAAGCCAACCGGCAGUUUCCUGGGACGCAUGGAGUCUAGUUGUGUUCUCUCUGCGCCCUCUUUUGGCUAACUAAUGUAAUUAUACUGGUUCUAGAGAUUUAUUGCCCCACAGUUCAUUAUUUGUAUGGCCUAAUUCUGAGCAUGCCAGAGGUGCAAACUUAGGGGAAGUGUUAAGUACAAAAACGUAAGAGUUUAUGAAAACCAGUGCAUUCCCGUUUAUGAUGGCAGUGUCUGGAUCAUACAAAUAUGAUAACUGCUUUGCUUCAUCUGUGUAUUUUAUUAUACUUUUUUACUAUCCAUUAGAAAUUUAUAUCAGAUCAGGGUAAACAAAUGUAAACCAUUUCAUGAAUAAUAUUUUAAACCUUAUUUCGGCGAAUUAAGUGCUUAGAAUUAGGAAGGCCAUUACCUAAAAUUACCAAUUCAUUACAAAACACAGAAACUUACUGUAGUUACAUUGGCAAGCAAGUAUCUAAUGUGUUUUAAUGAAUAUCUAAAAAAAUACAUUUAGAUUUUUUAGUCUCAGUUUCAGAAUGAUUUUUUUUACUGAUUUUAUUGUAUUCAUAGAAUAAUAGAUUAAUAAUUCUUUCUAUACUUCAUUCUUUUUAAGAGUAUAAGUUAUACUCUUAUAACUCCCAUUCAGAAUUAUAGCUAUAACUUUAGUAGUCAUCAUAUUAUGGGUUUUGGAUAACUGUGAAAAUGACUAAUGUUGAGCCUUAUUAGAAAAUAAUUACAAGCAGUGAAAUUACUGAUAUAAUCUAUUUCUUGGAUGAAGUAUUUCCUUAUAAACAUUCCAUUUUGUUUUAAGCAAAAUAUAUGUUAAAGGAUGCUUUGCAUCAGCAAUUCUUAAUUGGGCUCUGGAAGUGAAAGAUUUUUAGCCAGAUAUUCUGAGUUACCAGUUAUAUUUGUUGUUGUUCUCUUCUGUAAACAAAAACGCUUAUGGGCCCAAGAUUGUAGGCAAAAAUGGACUGAGUUCAGAAUCCCCCAGACAGCAAGCCUCAGUUUAAAGAGCUUUUGGUACUUUGUAACCAAGACUUCUAGUUUAAAAAUACAAAGUUAACUGGUGUUCCAUUAUAAGAAAAAUACCGUUUUGCUUAAGAAUUGUAUUAAAAGUACUUCAUGUAAGAGGUAACCAUAUUUAAAAUUUUAGUUAACGUUCUAACCUCUUUUAACAGAAGAAAGCAUAGUUUACUUUUAAUAGUAAUGGAAGUACGGAGCAUAAUCAGACAUAAUGCUCCAUAUGACAACUAAGUUAAAACUUCUGUCGGACUGAACAGCAGUGACUUUUUGCCGAUGCUUGGAGGUAUUUUUCUCUGCGGAUGCUGGCUGAUUAUAGCUAUUCAUUGUCACACUUUUAAGUCACUUCCAUAAAAGUUGAAGGUGUGAUUCGCUCAAAAGGGUGUAUUAUUUCUGAAUGCUAAUCAGAAAGACUUAGGUUAGGAGGACACUUCCGACUGGGAAGUGUGAAGUCAUUUAGAGUAUGACCACACGGUUUCCUAUGUAUUAGAUCACAGGGCAGUUCGUGUGUUCUCGCGUGUGUUGCUGUAAAAUCGCGGUGUGUCCGGCCCUGGUGUACAAUGGCAUUAAUGUUAACAGAGCUGCUAGUCUCUCUCUGGACUUUUCUCUAGUCUCUAACUACUUCCCUCGUGCUUCAUGUAUGAAUAGAUUAUCUAGCUCAAGUUUACUAAACGAGUGCUGCUUCAUUAAACAAAUUUUUGACAUCACCUCAAAUGUAAGUAGAUAUACCUAGAAUUUAUUUGGGAAAGCUUAUACUUACAAACAUCAGAUAGUUUACUAAUAGAUACAAGGUUUAGCUUUUUUUUACCCAACCUGUUCUUGCUUUUGAAAAUGUAUGUAUUGGCAGAUGUAGUCAUGCACAUUUAGUAUGUUCUAUUUGCUAGUGUUAUUAGCCAUAUAAUUAACAGCUGAACGAGUGUAUUAUUUAAUGUCAUUUGUUACCUUCUACUCUAAGAAUCAUCCUCAGAUUUUAUCUAUAAAUCAACAAUUGCACUGUGCUCUGAAUUUAGCCAUUUUCAAUUGAAUUCUAGAAUAUUCUGCAGUAGAAUGUGAGAAAGUAAUAGAAGCAACUUGUUUAAAGUAUUUUGAACCCGUGUUGUUGUUUUAUAUAUCAGUCAGUAUUUAGCAUUUCCGCUGCCUUUGAGAUAAUGAUGGUUUAAUUUCAGGAAAGUGUUUUCUCUGAUGUCUCCUUUCAUCAUCAUUGUGCAGUUUUUAACAACGAAAUUUACUGCAUUUUUGUCUGUUCUUCAGAUGUUGUAAUACUUCCUGCUAGUGCUAAUUUGCAACAGAAAUAACAGUGGCAUUUAUGGUUCUUAAGGUGUUGAUAUUACCAGUAUUUUCCAUUCUCACUAUAUAUAUUUUUACUAUUAUAUGUCCUUUUCCCUCAUCCACCAUAGAGGGCAGAUACAAAUGAGCAGUGAGUAGCCAAAAUUGGGUAAAGAUAUUAGGGAAACUUUCGAAGAUGGGAAGAAGGCUAGACGGGACAUGUAUAAGCAGCAUCUCAGCAACAGGGUUGACGGGAGAUAGUCUCUGUGACAUCAGGAAAUCCCCAGCUGUAGUCAUUUUAGCCUUAUCUCUUGUUGAUAAUCAUUUUAAUGUAAGAGUUGUUAAUGCAUGGGAGCAUUUAGUUAGAGUUAUUUAUAUUGCUGAUUCUCAUGAGUUGGCCAGAUGCCUUUGAAAAAUUAUUUUAAAUUUUAAACAUUAUGAUUAUGUAGCGUAUGCUAACCU